CAAUUCCAGAGAGAGCUGGAUUAAGAGGUGCUGACUUCUGUCCCACCCAGGAGGGCAGGCAGGCCCUUCCUUCCAAAGAAAGGGGAAGGCGUUUCUCCAUUUCUGAGAGGGGAAGGGCAAUAAGAAAGAUACACACUUCCUAGUCGAAUUAUAUGCUGCAACACCCACAGAUAUUGGGGUUCUGUGUGGCUUUAAAGGUGUUUUUCGCUUCUUGAAGUAAAAGAUGUGUUGGAAGACAUUAAUGCUUCUCCUGCUGUAUUACAAUGCUCAAGCUUCCCUGGCCCGCAGAUGGAGCAGAGCGGUGCUCUUCCCUUCGGCUCACCGGUCUAAGAGAUCGUCUUCAGGCCCAGCCAAUCUGGUGCUGCAGAACUCCCUAGAGGAAGUAGAGCUACUCUAUGAGUUUCUUCUAGCUGAACUUGAGAUUAGCCAAGACCUAAAGAUCUCCAUCAAAGAUGAGGAGCUCUCCUCCCUUCGGAAGGCCUCUGACUUCAACACCAUCUGCAAUGAAGUCAUCCCCAAGAGCAUCACAGACAUUCGACGGCUGAGUGCCCACCUCUCUGAGUGGAUUGGCGUCCUUAAGAGGGAAGAUUUUGAACGAACAGCACUAACCCUAGCCUAUACGGCCUAUAGAACAGCCCAGGCCCAAGGGUUCCAGAAAGACAUAUGGGCCCAGUCUCUCCUUAGCCUCUUCCAAGCUCUGAGACAUGACUUAAUGAGGUCUUCUGGGCCCAAGCAUUCCCAAUGAGAGACACCUGGAACACUGAGGGGGAGGGGGAGAGGUCAGCAACCCAUGGCUUUUCCUAGCUUGUCACACAAUAACCCAGAAACACAUUCUACUUGGAAAGAGAGGUAGCAAUCCAAAAAUAGGGGAAAAAAUAACCCUGUCUUCCUUUACCCCAGACUAUUUCCAACAAACAUGUGGGCUUCAGGUUAAAAUUCUAUGGGCCAGUAUUUUUAAGAUACCUCCAAGGAUAAAAUGGCUCACCCUCAGUGGCAUGUGGAAGAUAACAGACAAGAGAAACUACUCUAGACUGAGUACAAAGUAGGAGAAGGAGACUGGACAAGUGUUGAGAAGAGGAACUGGUCCCUCUUCUUUGGUGCUAAUUAGCUGAAAAAUAAGAUUAAAAGGACCUCUUUUUCCACAUUUUCAUUGGUAGGAAAUAGAGACACUAGAACAAUAAACAAUAUGUUAAUCAAUUGAUAUGUUUCUCAACUUCUUCCACAAAAGCCACCAAAUAUAUGCCAGAUAAAAUACCAGCAAUUUUGAGAUCUGACCCUAUCUAAGUCUGGACUAGAGCAAAAUACAGUAACACCUUAAUUUCUAGAAUCAUAAAAGAGGGAAGUAGAUACAAGUCAAUUUUCCAGAUAAUUAAAAGAUCCCCCUUCACCUGCCAUGUCUUUUAUAUUGAACCCUUUUCUAUAGAAAUCUUUCUGAAAGGUAUUAAAUACUUCCCUGCCUUCUUAAACAUAGCAUAUUGAAAAUAACUUAAAUUUUUCUCUAUGAUUCAUUAUAGUUCAUUAUGAUCAUCAAUUUUUGUACUGUAUUCUGUAAUGUGAUAAUCCCCUCUGGGGGCUAUGAGGAGUGCAGGGAUAUUUGCCCCUCCACUAAAUGUUCCCAGGCUGCCAUGUUUUGCUAAUUUUGCGUUUGGUUUUUAAAUUGUUCUGUCUCCUCCCUGACCAUCAGGCUAUCUGUUUGUACUUUUUUCCUAUUAUAUCCUUCCCUCGCUACCUGUUAUUUCUAACUUGCUAUAGGCCAGGAAAUCACAUAACUCAUUCUGUCAGAAUUGCGUGCUGGGUAAGUCAGUCAAUUUUCUGAGUAGGUACCUCCUUCAAGGACUCUGUAAAUAGCUAUUUCAGCAGCAAAGAGAUCCUUUUGACUCACCUCCAAGUUCAUUGCUAUCUUCUAAAGGGUUGAAGUUGCUCCAAGACUGACCUCAAGAUAAGCAAGUCUUUGAGGCCUUGAAUUUGGUUAUCUCAAGUUUGACUCUAAGGACUGUGAUUUGAUAAUGAUAAAAGUCUGGUCUGGAUUUCCAUAAAUCUUGGGAUAAAUGAAACUUUGAAUACCCAAGCCAAAUAACAUUUUCAGAGAAAUAGUAGUAGGCUGGAAGGAAGAAAGUACUCACCAUCAAAAAAUGCUACAUAUCUCUGCUCCAACCUCCACAGCUCUAUCUUGCUCUGGCUCAGAAAAGCAACGUCAAUAUCUGUCUGUCUCUGUCUCUGUCUCUCUGUCUCUCUUUGUCUCUCUGUGUCUCUCUGUCUGUCUGUCUCUCUCCAUAUCUGUCUCUAUCUCUCUGUCCCUGUAUCCCUUGUUAUACACUAUUGUUCUUUCUGUUUUUCCUAGAGAAAAUGGAACAUCUCAUAAGCUGAGAUGCUUUCCUUCACUUUUCUCUUUCAAUCUCUUUCCCUAUGAUUUUUUGGGGGAUGAGAGGGGGGAGAUAUCUGUGUUCAUACCUCUCGAUGUCUAUGCCUGACUCUGUUUAUCUCAGUCAGCUCUGUUUUUGUCUCCCUAGAUCUGUCCUCAGAGUCUCUUUCCUAAUUAAUAUAAUACUCUUUUUUCAGUGUGUUCUUAGGGGAAUGGGGAGCAGUUAAUUGCUUCAAAAUACCAAGAUGCUCAUGUCUGCAUAGUUUUGGACUCUCCAGGGAAGCAAUUAGGCAUCUGUCCCACAGCUUAUAGGGUAACUGCACUGUCUGCUCCUUUCCUAAGCAGCAGUGGCCCAAGCCCUAAGGAACUCUAUCUAAUAACCAGGUAUUAAAGGAACGUUCUAGGCCCGCACUUUGGGAUAUCCUACUCUGGAGCUGCAUUUACCCACAAAGCAGCAGAACAUUUCCAAGAAUUAUUCUGACCAUAACUUAUGGUCAAACCAACCCAUUAUAGAGGCAGAUACAUCAGUUUCAUUCCAUUCCACCCCAUUCGACAAGCAUUUAUUAAUCACCUAGGUGCCAGGCGUAGUGCAUGCUAGACUCUAAGGACAAAGAUUUCUAAAUAGCCAUCAAUUAGGAUACUAUAGAGACAGAUCUGACUGAUUAUUUUGACCACAAAUUAUGGUGCAAAUGUAUUGGGAUGACCUACCUAUUCAUUAACUGAAAAUGUAAAAUAUAUAACGUCCUUUCAAAGAUUCAAAACUCCAUGUGGCAGCCAAUAAUUGAAGAAAUAUAGAGGGAAAUGUUAAAAAAAAAAAUAAAGUUCUUCUUGAAAGUAAGUUUUAGGUAAUCAGUUUUUAUACAUUGAAUUUGUUUGGAUAUAAUCCAAACCUUUUUUUUUUAACUCAGAAAAACCUCUGAAAGCCUCCCUUACCUCUACAUACAAAAUCAAUAUACACAUUUUUCCCCUAUCAAAAACCAGAAUCCAAUGAAUACAGCAAAGCUAGCUGGCCCAAAUAGCCUUAACCUUAUUAGCUCCUUGCUCUGAACAUUAUGGUCACAAUAAAAUGGUCAUUGGGUUGUGCCCAUUUGGAAUUUGCCAUAUACAGCGACAUUUUUUUGCCCCAUUUCUACAUAGUUUUCCUGGAUAAUUUUUACUAGGAAAUUUUGAAAGCUAAGAUAUUCUAGAAGUCAUCCUUAUGCCAUUCUCUAGACACUCAACCAGUUGGUCAAUAAGUUUUAAGAAACCUCUGUGGACAGAGCACCAUACUAGAUACUGAGGAACCAGUAAUGUGUUCAUUAACUUUCACUGCCACACCCUUUCAUCCAUGAUAGAGGAAAAGAGAAUACGGAAUUGGGAUUUCAUCAUAGGAAUGGGCUUUCAUGGAUAAGCUAGCCUAAGAUUAGUUUCCUUUAAAAAAAAAAAAAA